ACAUCCGAGAAUGCCGUACAUUCUUCAUCAUUUAUUCAAUUAAUUCUCUAUUAUAUCUCUUUAAAUAUACUUCCUAUCUUGUUAUUACUAUGAAAUACUUAUAUUUAUAUUUAAUAUCUUUGUUUGGAAUGUCGUAUAGCUACCAAUUUCUAACAUUAUAAUUUGUUCCAAUAAUAUCUCUCUACAUAUCGAUCGUCAUGACGAGGUCUUUACUAGCUCGUUGAAUAGUAAUGAUAAUAAUAUUUCAGCGAACAAAUGGAUCAAUCGUCUACUAGAACAAUCAGACGGAAACCAAUCCCGUCAAAAACUCCACAUCCACCAGUUAAGGAUGUGGAGGAUACUCACGAUAUCCUCGAUGAUCUCCUUGACGACUAUCUAGAACCGCCCACUUCUCAUCAGGACCAUGUGCUACCCACCGGAACUAAAGAACUAACACUGACUUCAAACCCACCACCUCCCCCGAGGCAGCUUUCCAUUCCCCUUGUAACUAGUCCUUCAGAAAUUUCACUCAACUCAAACGUAUCAACGCCAGAAACUCCCAAUCCCAAUCCCAACCCCGCCUCCAAUCCUAAUCCUAGUCAAUCGAAAUGGAAGACAGCUCUCGACGAAACCAUUUACUUUGCCGGUGGGCUAAUUUCACAUCCAUUUGAGUCAACUAAACACUACAGUAUCCUUCGACACUCCGCCGGUGUGGUACUUUACCGAGGACCAUCUACAAGUAUCGCUGUUACUGUCUUUUCAGAUGAGCCAUUACCAGCAGAUCGUUCGUUCUGGUUACAACGAAAGGGGUUCUCUGGAAAUAUGGGCAUGGCUGCGAGUGCAUUACUCCGCACCCAAUGGAAUUGGAUUGACGUGACGCCAUCGUUCGAAGCCAAACCUUCCGAUGUCCUUCCAUCAGAUGAACGAGCUUGGCAAAGAGACAUUAAGAAAUUUCUGAAGAAAGCAUCGUCUCAUAGACACCUGUCUAAGCAUAUCGCUCGUGAGACGUGUGUUGUUCGAAUUCCGGCCUCGGCGGAAGAUGGUUAUCUGCGUAUUGUUAUGUGUAUGGGUGAAGGUGCGAAGAAGACCCUUUGUCCUUCACCUAUUUUCCGCGUAGCAAGUACGUCAUCCGAUGUUAGUGUCCUACGCGGUGCAAGUUUGACAACUAUACCCCUCGAGAUUGGAUUAAAGGUAGCCUCUGUAGUAGGCACAAGCACUGUAGACAAGUUUGUUUCGCCUGCACGAGAUGCUAUCCAGAGUCGGCUACAGCAGUACGCUCCCGGGUUUGUUGCACAGGAAGCUGGAACCGUGGCAUAUGAAACUCUGGAAGAAAAAUAUGACGAAAAUAAUCAGGCUACAUAUGAAUCUGUUCAGACAGAAGGGGUAAUAGAGGCGCCGCCUCAGAUUGUGGGUGCCGACAGUGGACCCGAGAAACCAUACCCAUUUAGGUUUGCUGGUAGAGUCAUUGAAGGAGCUCAUCGAAGCAGAACGGAAACUGGCAUACCCACUGCCAAUUUAUCUGGCGUUCCGAAUGACCUUCUCUUACGUCUUAAUGGUGUUUAUAUCGGCUGGGCUCAAGUUCAACCUACCAAAGGAAUCGAGGGUGUUUUAUACAAUUGGCACGAAGCAAUCAUCACUAUCGGACCUUCACCAUACGCGCCGCCUCGCGUUGUUGCUAAGAAUGUAGCUGCUGUGCAUAUAAUCCACGACUUUGGCGAUGCAUCGUUCUUUAACACGGAACUUAAAGUUGUCGUUAUGGCUUAUCUAAGACCUAUUUCGAAGCAUGGAAGUAUCCAGACGCCUGCUGCAACUACCGCCUCUAUUACGCGGGAUAUAAGCACUACCAUUGCGAGUCUGGACCGCGAGAACUGGCAAUGCGAGAUGACCUUACGAAGGGUAAAGACGGAACAGAGCACGAGGUCUGUGGGUGAGAGAUACGUUGAUGUAAGGUCCCAGGUGCAGAGGCGGGUUGACAGUGUGCCCCUACACUUAGCUGGAGUCCGCACCGCUAGCGCUGAGGUCAAAGACCAAGCCUAUGGUAGAGGCGGGCUAUACAUACGCAGAUGAGCGAUACGGAAGUGUAUGCGAUCCUUCCUUGUCUGAUGAAAAAGGUGCUACGCCAGUUUCCGUGGAGUUUGGUUUCUCAUCGUUCUAAUAAUUCGGGCGGAGCCUUUAAUCGCUAAUAACAAGUUCAAUUUUGGGUUUUCCUAACCUACCUGCUUCUCUUCAUUCAUGGUGGUACUAUUCUGUGUCUUCGGAUAUUUGGUUAUGUCGUUUGAUCUCGGACUAUCUAGAUGUUGGCAAAGGAAGUGCUAUUUUUGCAUUGUUUGCGAAUUUUCCGACCGGAUCACAUUUUUCUAAAUGACUAUAACGGCUGCGUGGAUUUGGCCACUUGCUUUCUUCAGCGAUCUUGGUGGCUGUAUGUUUAACUUGGAGGUUGGGACUGCAUCUUCCCGAGACAAUGUCAUCUGCAGC